AUGGAUCAGGAAGCGGGCGCAGCCUUUGCUAUUGCUGAGAGGGCUCGCAAUACCAAGCCAGGAUUGGUGGCUUUCAAAUCCGAUCUGGGCUAUGCUGGUGUCUUCCAGGCCCUCCCCAAGGACCUGAUCCACGUGUGGUUCAAUGACACGGGGGACAGCACUGCGGCGUAUAUCCACAAUGGAAGAACCAGGUUCGGAUAUGAUGUUGGCGGUGGCUACGUCUUGAAGGUUGGGACGAAGCAGGCGUUUGGGGAUGAGGUGGCGAUUUCGGCCUUGCUUCCUAAGGUGGCAGCCACCAUCAUUGGGGCUGGAUCUACGACACUGCAGGUGCUGCUCUCUGGGCGACCAUGGGAGUUCAGGUCCCAUUUGGUGGCUUGGUCGAUGGUGGAAAAAGUCGAGCUCCUCACGGAUUUUGGUUCUAGGAACCAGAUCCACCCUCAGUGGUCCUUGUAUGCCUUCGCCCUCCUUUUGCACUUGAGCCGUCAUUUUGCUCUUCGUGAUGUGUCAAAAACCAACCUGGGCAUUAAACCAGGACUCAGUGCUGCGACGCCCAUGUUGUGUUUUUUCGAUCUCGCGGAUUGGCACUUCGAAGGGCUCAAUGCUGGAAGUUGGUUUCCCAAGUAUAGCUUGCGCAGUUUCAUCGAGACCCUUCGAUGUGUCUGUGACGUCACGCCGUUGGAGCCGUAUCUCCGCAGGCAGGCGGUGGUCCCUUGCCUCAACGAUAUCAUUGCGGUUCUCCCCGCUGCGCUCAAGGCAAACUUGGAAAUCCAAAUGGUCCUCAUGAACGGCCGACUUUCUGAUUGGGCUCACCUUGCUGCAUUGGCUAACCAAUAG